GGAAGGAAGAGAGAAAGAAUCUAACAACAAAACAAAAUCGUUAUAUCUGUGCUUCUCUCUGAAUAUUUCUUUCUUAUUUCUCUGUCAAUCAAAUCUUUCUUUCUGUUUUUUUUUCGCUUUUCAUAAUUUCUGUGCCUUUCUUCACUAUCCCACAGAAGUUCCAUUCCCCUUUCGUUCAAUCUUUCUCCACAAAAUCCUGUGUUUUCGUGAGAAAAUUCAUUUUUCCUCUCUCUACCUCCAGCCCACUAAAAUGUUCCUGCUUCUGUUCAAGUUUACAGUUAUUCUCCACACAAGGUCUUCAACUUGGGAUUGAGUUUUUAGAGAAAAGGUUCCUUUUUGUGGAAAAAAGAAGAGCAGUUUGCUUUCUUUUCUCUCUUUUGAAUGUUAUGAAGCGAGUGGUAGUAAUACAUGAAAAAAACUGGUCUUGAUCGAUUGAGGAGAGAUAGAGAUGGAUGGUGAUUUAUUUCCAGGUUUAAGCAGUGAAAACCAAGUUGAUGGCAAGGUUUUGCAAACAUUCCAGAAGAGUUUUGUGCAAGUCCAGGACAUUCUGGAUCAAAACAGGUUGCUAAUCAAUGAAAUAAACCAAAACCACGAGUCGAAGAUCCCAGACAACCUGACUCGAAAUGUUGGUUUGAUCAAGGAGCUAAACAAUAACAUUAGAAGGGUGGUGGAUCUUUAUGCUGAUCUUUCGAGCAAUUUCACCAGGUCAAUGGAACCUUCAUCAGAAGGUGAAUCAAGUGGGAUAUUGAAGACCAAUGGAAAGGCCAAUUCGAAGAGAAUUAGAUCCGGGUAAUCGAUUCAACUGAGCUGUCAUGGAGAUUAUCCACUUGCUUUCAUAGCAGAAUAAGAACAUUUUGAUGUUAGAGGAAAAGAACUUGAUUUUGAGGCUUUGAGCUUCAGUUUAUUUUCUUGCGUAUCCAUUGUAAUAACAAUUUAACUAAUUCACAUAAAGUUAUCAUCUUGCUGAAUUAAUUUCAAAUAUGCAUCUUGAUUACAUUUGUAUUUCU